AUGACAGAGGUGAACCCCGGGGGGCGCGUGUCUCCGGGCAGUUUGGCCACGACCUGUCGACAGUCCCCUGGUCCCCGUGUGGGCGGCCCUGUAAUGAAGACACUAAACCUCCCAGAGGAUCAUCACGAGUAUAUAACAGGCAGGGCGUGUUCAGAGCAGUCACUCGUCCAGCAGUAUCACAAGAUGAAGGUUCUUGUGCUCUUUUUGGUUCUAGGUCUGGUGUUUGGCGAGAAGAAUAUAGUUGAAGAUAAAAGUAUCGCAGAGAAGAAACAAGAUAAAAGAGAACUUCAUGAUUUUGGAGGAAGUGAUUUUGGAGAGCACGAUCUCGGUGGAUAUGAUGAACCUGUGAAGACCAUCACCAUCCAGAAGGAAGUGAAAGUGCCGUAUCCAGUCCACGUGGAGAAGAAGGUGCCGUACCCUGUCAAGGUUCACGUCGAGAGGCCAAUCCCCAUCCACGUGCCGAAGCCUUACCCGGUGCACGUGACGAAGACAGUGCCUUACCCGGUUAAGGAGUACAUUCCUGCACCUUAUCCGGUAGAGAAGAAGAUCCCUUACCCUGUCAAGGUACAUGUGCCCAGGCCAGUUCCCUACCACGUAUCCAAGCCUUACCCUGUCUACGUCGAGAAGAAGGUGCCUUACCCUGUAGAGAAGCACAUCCCUUACCCAGUCAAGGUGCCCGUAUCUCGACCUGUCCCCUACCAUGUACCCGUUGUGAAGCACGUGCCUUACCCUGUAGAGAAGAAAGUCCCCUACCCUGUAAAGGUACCAGUUGAGAAGCCAGUGCCAUACCCAGUGGAGAAGCCUUACCCAGUUGUAGUGGAGAAGAAGGUUCCCUACCCAGUGGAGAAGGAGGUGCCGUACCCUGUGAAGGUCCCAGUUCACGUUCCAGCUCCUAUCCAUGAACAUGGAACUGAACUUCAUGGUGAACAUCACUACAACGAUGCCAGCCAUGAUUUUGAAGAUUUACACAUUUAA